AUGUCCUUCAACUUCAAAGCCGCAGGGCCCAAGACUCGCCCGGACCCUGCAAAGCCUCCGGCCGGUGCGACGCACCCGUCGCCUACGGACGCUACGCCUCUUCCACCAGCAUGGUCGGCGUCACGGCGGUCCUCGAGUUCCUCGACAGCCUCGUUCCAUUCUGCGCGGUUUCCGGCCGACGAAGAGAGCCGCAUGGUCUCGUCCUCCCACGAGAUCAAAUCACAGGCCAACCUGCAAUUUGCGAAGCACGACUACUCCUCAGCGAUCGGCACCUAUGACCGGGCACUGGCAGAACUGCCUAACUAUCUGGACUACGAGAUGGCCGUGUUGCAUAGUAACAUAGCGGCAUGUCAUUUGAAGCUGGAGCAAUGGAAAGAGGCCGUCGAAAGCUGUGAGAAAGGGCUGGAGGGUCUGGAGAGGGAACUGCCCACGAAACCCAAGGCGAAAUCCAAAGCAAAGAAAGAUGCUGGUGCAAAGACACGGAAGGGACCAGAAAACAGACCGAGGUUGAAUUCUGAUAGUGACACUGAGUCUGAAUCGGCGUCCUCGCCCCGCAUACCAGACACCACUCCGCAAAAUCAAGACGAUGCUGUGGUCGAACUCCCUUCUGACGCGGACGAAACUGCCACUCUCGCGGCCCUGGAAUCUUUACAACUUUCCGAUGCCCGCAAGGCAGACAUCCACCGAAUCCGCACCAAACUCCUCCUCCGUCGUGCUCGCGCCCGAUCUUCUGUUGAACCACAAAACUGGUCCAAUUUGUCCGCUGCGCUGGAAGACUACAAGACGCUAUCGGCGCCCGAAUACUUCACCGGUCUCCCGUUGGCGGACCAGAAAACGGUACGGCAAGCGCUUGUGACACUACCACCGCGCGUGAACAAGGCCAAGGAGCAGGAAGUCGGCGAUAUGAUGGGCAAGUUGAAGGAACUGGGGAAUGGCCUGUUGAAGCCGUUCGGACUGAGCACGGAUAACUUCAAUGUCGUGCAGGGCGAGGGAGGCGGGUACAGUCUCAGUUUCGACGGCGCCGCCGGAAAAAAGUAA